GUGGUGCCUGGGCUCAUUGGCCUCAUUCCACGGAUCAGCAUCAGCAACGUGCAGCUGGUGGAUACUGUCAUGUUCACCAUUGGAGCUUUGUCUGAAUGGCUGGCUGACCACCCUGUCAUGAUCAACAGUGUUCUGCCCCUUAUACUGCAUGCCCUAGGCAAUCCUGAGCUCUCUGUCUCUUCUGUGUCCACCCUCAAGAAGAGCUGCCGAGAAUGCAAGUAUGACCUGCCACCCUAUGCUGCUAACAUCGUGGCUGUCUCCCAGGAUGUGUUGAUGAAACAGAUCCACAAGACAAGCCAGUGCAUGUGGCUGAUGCAGGCACUGGGCUUCCUGCUGUCAGCCCUGCAGGUGGAGGAGAUCCUUAAGAACCUGCACUCACUUAUCUCGCCCUACAUCCAGCAGCUGGAGAAGCUAGCAGAGGAGAUACCUAAUCCUUCCAACAAGCUGGCCAUUGUCCACAUCUUGGGCCUUCUCUCCAACCUCUUCACCACACUGGAUGUCAGUCAUCAUGAGGACGAUCAUGAAGGCCCUGAGCUCCGGAAGCUGCCAGUGCCACAGGGACCCAACCCCAAGGUAUGUGCUAUCUUUGAGAAGUCCGUUAAGACCCUGCUGGAUGACUUUGCCCCCAUGGUGCCACAGCUGUGUGAGAUGCUGGGUCGGAUGUACAGCACCAUCCCCCAGGCCUCUGCUCUUGACCUCACUCGACAGCUGGCCCACAUCUUUGCUCAUGAACCUGCCCACUUUCCCCCAAUCGAGGCCCUCUUCCUGCUCAUCACCUCUGUCACACUCACUCUCUUCCAGCAAGGGCCCAGGGAUCAUCCUGAUAUUGCUGAUUCAUUUAUGCAACUCCUGGCACAGGCUCUGAAGCGGAAGCCAGAUUUAUUCCUGUGUGAACGAUUGGAUGUCAAGGCUGUGUUCCAGUGUGCUGUGCUCAAGUUCCCCGAGGCAUCUACUGUCAAAGCCUCCUGUGGCUUCUUUACAGAGCUGCUGCCUCGGUGUGGGGAAGUAGAACCCGUGGGGAAAGUGGUUCAAGAGGAUGGCCGUAUGCUGCUCAUAGCAGUGCUGGAGGCCAUUGGGGGCCAGGCCUCCCGCAGCCUCAUGGACUGCUUUGCCGACAUCCUAUUUGCUCUGAACAAACACUGCUUCAGCCUCCUGAGCAUGUGGAUCAAGGAGGCCCUGCAGCCACCUGGUUUUCCCUCUGCCCGUGUCAGCCCUGAACAGAAGGACACCUUCAGCCAGCAGAUCUUCGUGAGCGAGUGAACAAGAGGCGGGUGAAGGAGAUGGUGAAGGAAUUCACACUGCUGUGCCGGGGGCUUCAUGGCACAGAUUAUACAGCUGACUACUGAGGGGCGCCCUGUCCCACCCACGCCUCCUCACCCCUCCCUGUCCCCAAAGAGUAAACCUGGAUCUUCACUGCAAAAAAAAAAA